AUGACUCGAGCCUUCUCUGACUCGUUGCUUUUCAAAGACACGACUUCCGGUCAGAAACCACGGUGGUUUAUCGACAGAGACGGAUGCACAUUCAGACAUGUACAUUAUUAUCUACAAACGGGGAAACUAGCUACAUCAUGUGUGUCAGAAUUAAAUAUUUUAUAUGAGCUUACCGCAGGUUUACGUCUAACGUCACUGCUACAGGCCUUAGAGAACCUCCAGUCAGGGAAGCAUUUCCUGCGAGACCGGCCAGUAGACCUGCAGGUGACUGAGAGAGCCACCCUGAACUACUGGAAGACCAGAAUCUGUAACACCAGAGAACCUGAACCCAUAGUCAGCCCAGUGUCCUCAGUUCAUGACGCGGUACCCCUGGGUCUGGUGGGGACUCCUCUGGUCGACGGUGACGAGGAGGUGCGGUACUGCUUCGUUCCCAUGGAGACGGUCCGCCUGUACCCCGCCCUGGUGACGCCUCACAACCUGCUGUGGCUGUGUGACGACCUGGUCGUCAUCGAGUGUGACAGCUCUCUCUUCAGAUUCAUAGCUAAUUACCUUCAGACCGGAAACAUCUUCCUGCCAGAGGACUUCAGUGAUCAUGACAGGUUGAACCAGGAGGCCGGAGCCGCUGGCAUGACAGACUUCCUGGAAGAGUUACAGAAACGACCCGAAUUGAUUGGUGAUGACAUCAUGCAGCCUCAAGAUGGCUGCCCUCAGAUGAAGCAACAGCAACAACAGCAGCAGCAUCAGUUGUCCCCUCAACCUCUGUACAUUAUGACCUUUGACCUGUUGGUGAGGUACCAGGACUCGGCUCUGGGACAGCUCUGUGUGGACAGUAACGUGGAGGGCAGCAGGCUGCAUCUCUCUGGCAACGGGGUGGUCUUCCAGCACGUGGAGAACUGGUUAGGGACGAGUCGUGUCCCGCUGACAGAGAGGCAGUGUGAGCUGCCGGGGUUGUGUGAGUACCUGGACAGGCAGGAUGAGGCCUACCACACCUUCAGAGAUGCACUGUGGGAGUUCCUACACAGGACCAGAGGCAGUGAG